GAAUUAUUUAUCGGUUGCGCGCUCGUCCUGCUUAGAAAUGCGCCCCCCGUGUGUUUUUGCUCCUUGUUACUUGAAGUUUGAAAGACAUUUUGGAUUAUUUUUGCUUCAUUGUCGCUGAAAACAAGUAAAAGAUUCCUGAGUGCGUCCUUGAUGGAGUCACCUCCUGCACACAGCCGCCGCAGCCGACCGGAGGAUGAUGAGGAUGACCCGGUGGAGCAGAUGAUCACCCGCACCGGCUGUGGAGAACAGCACUAUGCGGUGCAGGAGUGUAUGGCUGAGCACCAAGACUGGAGAUUGUGUCAGAAACAGGUCCAGACCUUUAAAGACUGUAUGUCCAGUUUUCAGCAGGCUCGGAAAGAACAACUGAAAAAACAGCUUUCCAAAGACACACAAACUACUACCAGCUAAAAAGAGCACUGCUACUUGGAUGUGUAUUCAACUGAACCUACACACUUGUGUUGGUUUCUACUGAGACUCUUAAUUGCAACAGUCUAAGGAUACAUGCUUUUAGAUAUUCUCCAUUCUGGCCUCAGUGAGUUGUUGCUGUGGAAUAUCUUAUGAUCAUGUGCUACAUGGAAAGCAGCACAUGCUUGGGGUCACAUUUAUGAACAUUGCACUGCAGUUCAAUGUCUUUCCCAAUAAAUAGUUUGAAUUAUUAA